UUUCUGUGGCUCCUCAUGAUUGUAGGACUUGCCAUUGUUGUAUUUAUGUUCAGAAGUGAGUCCCUUCAAGCAAUGUUCCACAGCUUCCAGCCAGAGUUCCUGAAGCCUGCACCGCAUGUCCCCGCGCUGAAACUUCUCCCUGAGAAGGACCUGAGGAACCUCUUUACCUACGAUGGUGUCUGGCUCUUUCCCAAAAACCAGUGCGACUGUAACUCCGGCCAACUGCAAAGAAAAUACGACUUUCAGGGCGCCUAUAACAAGAAGGACCUCCCAGCUGUGACUGCCAGGAGACAGGCAGAAUUUGAACACUUCCAGAGGAGAAAAGGGCUGCCCCGCCCACCACCUAUACUGGCUCCGCCCAAACUCCCCUUUGGAUACCCAGUCCAUGGAGUGGAGGUGAUGCCCCUGCACACAAUUCUCAUCCCAGGUCUCCAGUAUGAAGGGCCGUAUGCCCCAGUCUAUGAGGUCACUCUGAGAGCGUCUCUGGGGACACUAAACACCCUUGCUGACGUCCCAGACAAUGUGGUGCAGGGCAGAGGCCAAAAGCAGCUGACCAUUUCCACCAGCGACAAGAAGCUCCUGGGAUUCAUCCUGCAGUACGUGACAUACACCAGCACGGAGUACCAGCUCCACAAGGUGGACAUGGUGAGUCUGGAGUCCAAGUCCUCAGUGGCCAAGUUUCCAGUGACCAUCAACCAACCUGUUGUACCCAAGUUGUAUGACCCUGGACCUGAGAGGAAGCUCAGGAACCUGGUGACCAUUGCCACCAAGACAUUCCUCCGCCCCCACAAGCUUAAGAUACUGCUGCAGAGUAUUCGAAAAUAUUACCCAGACUUGACCGUGAUUGUGGCCGAUGACAGCAAGGAGCCCCUGGAAAUUAAAGAUGACUACAUGGAGUAUUACCUCAUGCCCUUUGGGAAGGGCUGGUUUGCUGGUAGGAACCUAGCCAUCUCACAGGUGACCACUAAAUAUGUCCUCUGGGUGGAUGAUGACUUUUUCUUCGACAACAACACCAAGAUUGAGGUGCUGGUGGAUGUCCUGGAAAAAACUGAACUGGAUGUGGUGGGCGGCAGUGUGCAGGGAAAUGCGUUCCAGUUCAGACUGUUAUUGGAACAGAGUGAGAACGGGGACUGUCUUCACCAGAGGUGGGGAGGGUUCCAGGCCCUCGAUGGCUUCCCCAGAUGCGUGGUGACCAGCGGUGUUGUAAACUUCUUCUUGGCUCACACAGAUCAACUCCGAAGAGUUGGUUUUGAUCCCCGCCUGCAACGCGUGGCUCAUUCAGAGUUCUUUGUUGAUGGGCUGGGGAGCCUGUUGGUGGGCUCCUGCCCAGAUGUCAGUGUACAGCACCAAUCACAUGCGCCGUGGAGUAAGGAUGCAGAGGUGGCUGCCAUGGAGAAGUCUUAUAACACAUACCGCGUCAACACCAAUGCUCAGGUCCAAUUCAAGCUCGCUCUCCACUACUUCAAGAACCAUCUCCAGUGCUCCACUUAA